AUGACUCCUCCUACUUCGUUAGAUAAAGAGUCUGCGGGGUCAGCGCUUCCCCUGAGACCUGCUCUUAAACCGGGAGACGAUCCAGGUAGCCCUAAGAGCGACCCAAAAGUUGUGUCCAUCAUGGAGGAACCCGAGCCUAUCCCUCCACUCUCUACGCCGUCCGAAGAGUCCCUGAAGAUCAAACAAUUCAAUGCUGGCGUGGGGGGCAAACGAUUGAGCGGCCGGCCGCAGUUGAGCGGCGGAUAUUCCUCGUCCAGACACUCUAUCAUUAGUCAGAGCAAUGUGGAUGAGACAGAUACAUCUAGCAGUUCGAGGCAGAACGGCCCUGUGGCUGCAGAUGGGGCAGCUGUCCAUCGCCAUCGCCAUCAUCAACAUGAUAGGCUGCUCUCGCAGGUUGCUCAGUGGCUCCAAAUUGAGAAGACGAAACGAGCUGCGAGGAAGGCUAAGAAGACGGGCGGGGAGGCAAUGGCUGCGGUAAUGGACCAGCAAGCGUCAAGACCCCGUGCGGCUUCUCAGAGUUCAGACUCUAGUGCCAUCUCGCUGGAUAAACUACAGCAGAUCCUGGAGGACAGUAUGAGCUUGUUCGGACAGGAGGACGGUCCUGGUGUACCUCCUUCUACAGGAUCUCGAAGAUCAAGCUAUGUUCUGCGGAGCCGCAGAUCGUCGAAAUCUUCCGCACGGAGGUUAACAGGUUUUGCAAGUAGUGACACGGAGUACCAGGAUGGAGACGUGGUGGUGCCCUCUUGUGAUGAGGUACUGGAUAAUUCCAAGACCAUGUCGUAUUCAGGAGGCGGAGCAAGCGUGGACUCUUCAGAUACGACAACCACAUUGAGCACUUCGAAGAAAGCAGAAAAGGAGAGGAAAUACUGGGGGCAAUUCAAGCACGAGAUUGUGCGAUUGGCACACACGCUACGUCUAAAAGGGUGGAGGAAAGUCCCUUUGGAUCGAGGACCAGAGAUCGAGGUUGAGAGGUUGAGUGGUGCUCUUACGAAUGCAGUCUAUGUGGUCUCGCCCCCGAAAGUCCUUCCUGUUGCCCAAACAUCUUCAACUUCGAAUCCCAAGCCGCACUCCCCAAAGCCUCCUCCCAAACUCUUGCUAAGGAUCUAUGGACCCCAGGUCGAGCAUCUCAUUGAUCGCCAGAAUGAGCUGCAGAUCCUGCGCCGGUUGGCGAGGAAGAAGAUUGGGCCCAGGUUAUUGGGGACUUUUACAAACGGGCGGUUUGAAGAGUACUUCAAUGCAAAAACUCUUGAGGCAAGUGAUUUGAGGAUUGAGGAUACCAGUAAGCAAAUUGCAAAGAGAAUGAGGGAGUUGCAUGACGGGAUCGAACUUCUUGAGAGAGAAAGAGAGGAAGGGCCCGCGAUAUGGAAGAACUGGGAUAAGUGGGUUGACCGGUGCGAGGUGGUGACAACCUAUCUUGAUAGAGAGAUCUUGGAUGAGAAGAGAGGAAAAGGGGAAAGUUGGCGGGAGAGAGGACUGGUUUGUGGAGUUGAGUGGAAAGCCUUCAAGGAUGCAUUGGACAAGUAUAGGAAAUGGUUGGAUGAGUAUUACAAGGCGAAAGGAGAUGUGCGGUAUCACUUGGUGUUUUCUCAUAAUGAUACACAAUACGGCAAUAUCCUGCGCCUUAUCCCACCGUCUCCUUCAGAACCGACUUCAGACGGUACUCUCCCGCCUCCGUCACCCCUCCUACUUCCCCAAAACCACCACAAGCAACUCACCAUCAUCGACUUCGAGUACGCAUCGGCCAAUACUCCCGGCCUCGAAUUCGCAAAUCACUUCACAGAAUGGUGCUACAACUACCACGACCCUGAUCGCCCUUGGGCCUGCAAUACAGACCGCUACCCAACUCUCGAGCAACAGCGCCGCUUCAUCCGCUCCUAUGUAAACCACCGUCCACAAUUCAACCCCCGCGCCUCGGAGACCCCCAAGCUCCUCCCCAUAGAUAAAACAACCGCCGCAAUGCGAGGCGGUGUUAAUGAAUUCCUACUCGAUUCACGCUCACCGCCAGGAGGAAGUUCUAGCAACUUGGGUCUCAAAGGCGACGAAGUUCGGCCACCUGGCGGAUUCAGCAGCUCCUCGAGCCUGAAUCUCAAGCUAGAGGAGAGCAUGUUUUAUGCUGAGGAGGAGAAGAGGAGGGAGGCGGACAUAGAGCUUAAAGUGGCUAGGUUGCUGGAGGAGACGCAUAUAUGGCGGGUGGCCAAUAGCGCCAUGUGGGUUGCAUGGGGGAUUGUGCAAGCCAAAGUUCCCGGUCUUGAUGGGGAUGCGGAUGCGAAUUCAGAGCCCUCGUCUCGUGAGCAGUCACCCUUACCUACCAAGGGGACGUCAUCUGGCAAAAAUGAGGAAGGAGAUGGGAAAGCUGCGGAUCUUGCUGCGGAGGAUCCAUUGAAUGGAAAACAUGUUGAAGAGCCAGAGAAAUGUGAAGAUUCUGAGGGAGAUGGGGAGGAGGAUCAUUUCGAUUACCUUGCUUACGCACAGGAUCGUGCGCUAUUCUUCUGGGGAGAUAUCGUCGCGUUGGGGAUUGUGAAAGCUGAGGAUUUACCGGAGGAGCUGGCGCGGAGAUUGAAGACAGUCGAAUACUAA